AUGUUUAAUUACAAUUGUGGUAAAAUUUCUUUUGGUGAAACAGUCAAUUCAAAACUUUUUUCUUCACAAAAUUCAUCAAAAGAAGAAUUUCCUCCCCAAAAAUCUUCUUUUCCUUUAAACAAUUCUGAUUUAAUUUUUUCUUCAAUUCGUAAUUCACAUAUGACAAAAGUUUUUCCUUUUUUGAGAGAAAAAUACAAAUCUUUACAAUCAAGUUUUGCUAAAGUUUCGACAAUUCAGAAAGUUGAUGAAAUGAAAAUUUUUGUUUCAAACGAAUUUGAUUCUCUGCGUGAUCAACAAAAACAACUUGAAAUUCAUAUUUGUGCUUGUGAAUAUAUUAUUGAAAAAACACAGGGAUUAAAUGAACAACUUUCAAUUGAAAAUACAAUUUUACGUGGAGAAUUUAAGCAUUUGGAUGUUUUCAAUUAUUUAUUAAAAAUGAUAACUUUAAAAUAUAAUCAAUGGAGUAUUUUACAAUUGGCAUCCCUUUGGUGUUUACGGGCAAAUGGAAUUCCUGAAAAAUAUUUUUAUCAAUUUCAAGAAGUUUUUUUGCAUAGGUAUGGAUUUGAUCAACUUUUUAUUUUCUAUCAAUUAUCAAUAAAUGGCCUUUUAUAUAAAAACAACACUUCUUUUUCCCCUUUAUUUAAAGCACGUAAUCCUUUCUCCAAACGUUUGAUUAACAAACCUGACAAACAAUUGGCGGCAAUUAAUUUUCCGACAAAAAAUGAAAUGAAAGGACAAAUUUCUGAAAAUUUAAAGUAAAAAAUUUUUUUUUUUGUUUUUUAAAUCUUUUUAAGUUCAAUAAUUAAUGGGUUACAACUUAUUCCACAAAAUGAUGAGGGAGAACAAAAA